UGCCUGACGCGCGAGGCCCAGCUCCACUUUUCGCCCCGCGUCUCCUCCUGCCGAUCUCCUCCUCCCCCAACUUCUCCAACUCCCUCGCUCCACUCACGAGCCCCCGACUCCGCUCCUCACGGCCCGCGCCCGCCACUUUCCGUCCUGUCCCGAAGGUGGGAGCGCGUCCGCCCUGUCCGCACCAUGGCACGGUUCGGCUUGCCCGCCCUUCUCUGCACCCUGGCCGUGCUCAGCGCCGCGCUCCUGGCUGCCGAGCUCAAGUCGAAAAGUUGCUCGGAAGUGCGGCGUCUCUACGUGUCAAAAGGCUUCAACAAGAACGAUGCCCCUAUGCAUGAGAUCAACGGUGAUCAUUUGAAGAUCUGUCCCCAGGGUUAUACCUGCUGCUCUCAAGAGAUGGAGGAGAAGUACAGCCUGCAAAGUAAAGAUGAGUUCAAAAGUGUGGUCACCGAACAGUGCAAUCAUUUGCAAGCCGUAUUUGCUUCCCGUUAUAAGAAGUUUGAUGAAUUCUUUAAAGAACUACUUGAAAAUGCAGAAAAAUCCUUGAAUGACAUGUUUGUGAAGACAUAUGGCCACUUAUACAUGCAAAAUUCUGAGCUAUUUAAAGAUCUCUUCAAAGAGUUGAAGCGCUACUAUGUGGUGGGAAAUGUGAACCUGGAAGAAAUGCUAAAUGAUUUCUGGGCUCGCCUUUUGGAGCGGAUGUUCCGCCUGGUGAACUCGGAGUACCACUUCACAGAUGAGUAUCUGGAAUGUGUGAGCAAGUAUACGGAGCAGCUGAAGCCCUUUGGAGAUGUCCCUCGGAAACUGAAACUACAAAUUACUCGUGCAUUUGUAGCAGCCCGUACUUUUGCUCAAGGCUUAGCAGUUGCAAGAGAUGUAGUAAGCAAAGUCUCUGUGGUAACACCCACAGCCCAGUGUACCCAAGCCUUGUUGAAGAUGAUUUACUGCUCCCACUGCCAGGGGCUAGUGACUGUGAAGCCAUGUUACAACUACUGCUCGAACAUCAUGAGAGGCUGUUUGGCCAACCAAGGAGAUCUUGAUUCUGAGUGGAACAAUUUCAUAGAUGCAAUGCUAAUGGUGGCGGAGAGGCUAGAGGGCCCUUUCAACAUUGAAUCAGUCAUGGAUCCCAUCGAUGUGAAGAUUUCUGAUGCCAUUAUGAACAUGCAGGACAAUAGUAUACAAGUGUCUCAGAAGGUUUUUCAGGGAUGUGGACCCCCAAAGCCCCUCCCAGCUGGACGCAUUUCCCGUUCCAUCUCUGAAAGUGCCUUUAGUGCUCGCUUCAGACCAUAUCACCCUGAGGAACGCCCAACCACAGCAGCUGGCACUAGUUUGGACCAACUGGUUACUGAUGUCAAGGAGAAACUGAAGCAGGCCAAGAAGUUCUGGUCCUCUCUACCAAGCAAUGUUUGCAAUGAUGAGAGGAUGGCUGCGGGAAAUGGCAAUGAGGAUGACUGCUGGAAUGGAAAAGGCAAAAGCAGGUACCUAUUUGCAGUGACAGGAAAUGGAUUAGCCAACCAGAUCAGUAAUCCGGAGGUCCAGGUUGACACCAGUAAACCGGACACAACGAUCCUUCGUCAAAUCAUGGCUUUGCGGGUUAUGACCAAUAAAAUGAAGAAUGCUUACAAUGGGAAUGAUGUGGACUUCUUUGAUAUCAGCGAUGAAAGCAGUGGAGAAGGAAGUGGAAGCGGAUGUGAGUAUCAGCAGUGCCCUUCGGAGUUUGAGUCUAACACAACUGACCACUCUGGGAGGAAUGCCAAUGAUAAAGCCAACCACGCUGGUGCCCGUGUUGGAGCUCAGCCCUACCUCCUCACUGUCUUCUGCAUCUUGUUUCUGGUUAUGCAGAGAGAAUGGAGAUAAUUCUCAAUCUUAGAGAAAAUGUGUUCAUCAUCAGAAAGUUAAAAGGCACCAGUUAUCACUUUUAUACCAUCCUAGUGACUUUGCUUUUCAAAUGAAUGGACAACAAUGUACAGUUUUUACUAUGUGGCCACUGGUUUAAAAAAUUCUGACCUUGUUCUUUCAUUCAGUUUUGCGGGAAAAAGGGACUUGUACAUAAAGUAAGUUCCUGAUUCCCCAGAAUCAUGUUAAACGUGGCUAGCGGUGUAGGUACAGAACUGUAGUUAGUUGUGCAUUUGUGAUUUUAUCACUCUCUUGUUUUUCUUUAUUGUUUGUUUUUGUUUGUGGGUUUUUUUCUUCAAUUAUGAUCUCACCUUGUUUCUUACAAGAAAACCAGGGUCCUUUCUUGGCAUGUAACAUGUACGUAUUUCUGAAAUAUUAAAUAGCUGUACAGAAGCAGGUUUUAUUUAUCACGUUAUCUUAUUAAAAGAAAAAGCCCAACAAGCAGUAAAAUUUCCAUGUAUCCCUGUUGUUUUAGUUGCCUUAUCUGGAGAGAAGAGGAGAUGAUUUUGUUUGUUAUUAUUAAGUUAGGACAGAAUGUGAAGGCACAAAGGGGUUUCUAAUCCACUUGUCAGGUUGUAUUCAAGCAUCAGUAUAAGAAGAAUGUUAUAUUUCACUUAUAGCUGGUGACUGGAAGAGACUGCAGACUACCCAUCUCGGUUGAGUUGAAUUGCAUAAACUUAAGAUCACAUAUAGGUUCACUUGAACCACCUAAAAUGUAACCCAUUUAAAAGAUUCUUGAUACAUUUUCCCUAGAAAUAUAUAAGGCCAUAUAAGGUGUUUGAGUUAUCACAUAUUCUCACAUUGUUUAGGGGUGGGUUUUCUUUUGUUUUUUAUCCAGUCAAGUUAACAAGUCACCGUGUGCUGAUCUUCGUGGCCACACGUGACCCUCUUUGAAUUGAUACCCCAAUGGCAGAAAUAAGUGACUAACAUCUCAUUUGGUACCCCUUGUUACAGUGUUCCAGAUUUCAAACCCAGCCACAGAGAGGGAGCUGUCUGGGGGAUAGAACUGGGGUGGGUAUACAGCCUGUGCUCAGGGAAUAGCAUUAACACUUAAGCAAAGUUUUUGUCUGUGCAUUGUGUUUACAUUCAUUUUGGGAUCCCAGUUUUUUAAAGGAAAUUCUAAGGUGUCUUACGUGUUUUUCUUGCUCAGCACCCUGUGAUCAGAAAGGCAACCGACUUUCAGUGGUUCAUAGCUGUGUGCUACCCCAUCAACCAAAAAACUCACUUCGGGGGAGAUCUAGGUGUCCAGAUUUUUUAAUGUUUUCUUGUUUUUUUGGGGGGGGGGGUAGUGAAGAGAGUAAAGCUGAGAAGACUACAUCUUAGCGGUGACCCUUAGCCAUGUGGGUGAACUGGCUUAGGCCUAUAUGUUGUCCCAGGCCAAAGACUAACAGCUGGCUUGGCCCCUUAGGAACCUUUUUCUUGUGUCCUUACCAAAUGACAGCUCAUAAAACUAUGAGAAUGUAACAAAUCACUUUGAAAGGAGUUCCCAAAAGUCCUCAGAAAGAAGAAAAUUCUGCAAGUCCCUUCCUGCUUUAGACAGCCAUUAAGAUCCCAACAAAUUCUACAGAAGUUAAAACCCACAGAGAGGUUGUUCGUGUUAUUGUUCAAUCUUCAGUUGUAAGAGUAAUUCUCUAUUUUUAUAUUGAAACAUAAUUACUUGAUAGCUCAGGGUCUACAUUUCAUUCAACUUUUUACACCAAAUUCUGCAGAAUGGUCAAAAUGGAAUAUUGGGGGCUGUUGUAAACAGAGGCUUAAUUUUAUUAGAAGUAGUCAGUUAUUUAUUAAAGCAUGAUGUUAAUAAAAUAGGCAUAUUCUGGCUGGUGUGUAUAAGUGGUUUUUUUUAAAACAAUUCACAGAAGACAAAAUUGAAAAGGCACUCCAUUUAUGUAUGAGGAAAAAUGGAUUGUAAAUAGCUAAGCUGCCUUGUGAGAACUUGGAAAAUGUGCUGAUACUUAGUAACUACCUCAGUUGUGAGGAAUUUCCUUUUUAGCUUAGACUGCUAUUACUUUUACUUGGUAGAAAUGAAUCUGGUCUCCAAAAUGUGGCUCAAAGAGUUAUCCCCAUAGACCUUGUUAGAUUGUUUUUAAUUUAAAACCUUGAACUCUGCCCAGCUGUUUUCUUUCAGUCAAGUUCUCUAAACCAAUAACAUUUUCCGAAUUAAAUGUUCUUGAAGGUUCUUCUGGACUCUUACUGAUUUGUUUUCUUUCUUUGUAUUUUUUCUGUUACUCUUUUAUUAUUUAAAUUGUCUCUUGCUUUUGAACUUGAACUAUGAAAUAAACAAAUCGUAGAUUUUU